GGGAGGAAGCCUUGUAACUAAGGAAGUCAUUUGUUGUCAUUGUGCGGCGCCGAAAGGAAGUGUAUGCGAUAUAAAGGGCUCGCGCUGCCGACAGCUUCUCAGAAGAGCUGCGGCAGAGCACAGCCCGAUAACAAUUUGUGUUUAAAUUCUAUUGACAACAGUAGAUUACACCGACACUCCUUUGCGUGGGUAACGUCCCACAGAGCACUCACCCACCGCGUAGCAGCGACGCAGCACCGCCGUGAGGUACCAAACCCGACGGGCAAAACGACACAGCCGCCGUGUCCGGGCAGCGUCGACCUGAGGAGACCAGCGCGCGUGGAGAUGGCAGACACCGGCCUGGUUCUGGGCGGCCCUCCCGCCAGCCCGCUCAACGGCUCAGCCUUCCCCGAGGAGGAUUACAACUACACGGACUACGACUUCUCUCCCUACCUGGUGUGCGCAAAGGACGAGGUGAGGGCCUUCGGGAAGGUCUUCCUUCCCGUGCUCUACGUCCUGGUGUUUACCUUUGGGGCAUUGGGGAACAGCCUCCUGGGGCUGGUGCUGAUCAAGUACAUCAAACUCACCACCAUGACGGACGUCUACCUACUGAACCUGGCCAUCUCCGACUUCCUGUUUGCGGCCUCCCUCCCCUUCUGGGCUGUGUACGUGGCUCACGAGUGGGUGUUCGGGAGCCCCAUGUGCAAGGUGGUCAGCGCCCUGUACAGCGUGAACUUCUACAGCAGCAUCUUCUUCAUCACCUGCAUGAGCUUCGGCAUGUACCUGCAGAUCGUCCACACCGUCUCGCUGAAGAACCUCAGCACGGUGCCGAAGAGCGUAGUCGUGAGCGCCGCCGUCUGGCUGUUCUCCGCCGUCCUCUCGGGCCCCGAGCUCUUCUACAGCGAGUCGCAGAAGGUGGACGGACGCUGGACCUGCCUCGAGCACUACGGGGACCAGCCGCAGUUGAUCUCGAAGACCACCGUCAAGCUGCAGGUCAACGUCAUAGCGUUCGUCAUCCCGUUCCUCGCCAUGAUCUUCUUCCACACCCGCAUCACCCAGGUCCUGCUCAGGUCCAGGUCCUUCAGGAAGGACAAGGCCCUCAAGCUGGUGGUGGCCCUGGUCAUCAUCUUCUUUGUCCUGUGGUUCCCCUACAACAUCGUGCUUCUCCUUCACUCUCUGGAGGAUCUGGGCCUGAUCACCGGCUGCCGGUUCAGCAAGCGGCUGGACUACGCCAUGCAAGUGACCGAGUCCAUGGCCUUCACCCACUGCUGCAUCAAUCCGCUCCUCUACGCCUUCGUGAACGAGAGAUUCAGGAGGCACCUGAAGAACUUCUUGAUGAAGGUGUCGCGGGCGAGCGGGUGCAAGGCAGAAGUCGGGGUCACAGCACCUGCAGCCGAACGCAGUGAAACCAGCAAGCAGCACUAUGGCUUGUACUCUGAAGUGGAGAUGACUGUGGUUUAGGACGGGAGAGCCAUUGGGGACACGGUAUUGGAAACUAAUUCAGUAUUAUCGCCAGCUCCCAAUUCCUCCAAAAUACCCAAACCACCCCGAUGGGCGAAAGAGCCUCCUCCUCCCGCUA